CAAGAAUCCCCUUCCCGAAAUGAAAAUUCAUGAAAACACCGCUGAACCAAUAUAAACAACACAGGAUUCCAAUUACUGCCUGAGUAAGUGACCACUCGAAACACAUUCCCUGAUUCCAUGUCCCGACUCUUUGCCCUCUACAGCAACUCUCUUAAACAGAGGCCGUUGUUGACCAACGUCAUCUCCACAGCUUUGCUUUUCGGUAUCGGGGAUGUGAUGGCUCAGACCCUUUUUCCAGCCGAUCUUCCCGCAACGGACACCCAGGUAACCUCGCUUUCACCCGCGUUGGCACGCGAAUCGGUGUUAGACUACGGGAGACUAGGCCGAUCGAUGUUCUACGGUGGGAUUAUCUUUGCGCCCAUUGGUGACAAGUGGUACAAGAUCUUGAACAAGGUAAAGAUUCCCACAUCCAAACUUAUCGCCCUUGGCAUCAAACCGACACCAAAGACAAUCACCGUUGUGAAUACUGUUGCCAGAGUGUUUAUUGACCAAGCAUGUUUCCCACCGGUUUCGGUGCCAUUCUACUACGUGGUAAUGACGCUUUUGGAGCAAAAGUCCAUGGAGGACAUCAAGGAAAAGUUGAGACUCAAUUACUGGCCGACUUUGCUCAGCAAUUGGACUGUUUGGCCGACCAUCCAGUUGUUCAACUUUGGGUUUGUCAAAGUAGAGUACCGACUUAUUGUCGUCAAUAUUGUCAGCUUGGGGUGGAACUGUUACAUCAGUUUCAUGAACAACAAAAAAACACCCGAGAAUUCUACCCCGGUCCACUUUCCACCGGUCAUGGAGUAAUCACCGACACACAACGGCAUUUAAUGGGUUUUUUGAAGCUUGUUUCCUAUGAAGUCGGUUGAAAGGAGUGAAUUUUGUUCGGGACAAAAACUGGAACGCCUGGGAACGAGCCAAUGGCCAGAAGACGUUUCUACGGGGGUUAUAUUGCUGAUAUCCUUAUCUAAUAUACCAGCGUCUGAGCUUAGAUAAACCAUGUUGCACUAAUUCUUUUUCCUGAACACCGUGUAUUAACAAACAUAUAAGUGUAUACCAAUGGGACUUGUUUUAGAUGUCGAUAAUUGUAACUAUAUUGAUCCCCCCCCCCCCAAUGAU